AUGGUGGUGAACGUUAACGAUCUGUCAAAGGACAUCUACAAUUUCUCGCAAAAGGAAAUCGAUGACUCGUCCAUUGUUUUCUUGAGACAAGGCAAUACGUCUGGCUCGGGUGGAUUUUCGUUCCUGCUCUCGGAUGGUGUCCAUCAAAUUGGUCCCGAAUGGUUCUCGAUUGAAAGCUGGACAAGUUCGUCGCCAGUCCUUCAAACGAAUGCACGCCUGCUUGCUUCGCCAAAUGCCAGCACGGUCAUCGGCGUUGAAUCACUUCGAGCCAGCAUUCCAAACGCACGUCCAGAGCAGAUACUGUUCUCUGUGUCAAAACCACCAAAAUAUGGAAAAUUGCUCGUAAAUCGCAAUCGUGUCGUGUAUCAGCCGUCAGGGGCUCCACAAAAAGAGUGGACACGUAAAGAUUCUUUCUACUUUGUGCUCCAGAAGAACGGAUCCGAUAAGCCGAUAGAAGAAGAAUUC